GGCUUCAGCUCACCAACAGGAGAGGGGUUUACUGCCCGCCCCGCAGGAGCAGGAGAGGGGUUUACUGCCCACCCCGCAGGAGCAGGAGAGGGGUUUACUGCCCGCCCCGCAGCAGCAGGAGAGGGGUUUAUUGCCCCGCAGCACGUCGAGUGAAGCCAGGAGUGUGUUAUUUGUGUGUUUAUUACCUGAGCACAGAUUUAUUCCUUCCGAUCCAUCAGAAUCCGAAGCUCUGCCGCUUCCUCACACGAUGCCGAGACCUGGAGUGUGAGCGGAUUGGACGUUUUCUGACCAACAGGAACUCUCAGAAAUGUUCACAUGCAGUAGCUUCAUGAUCAACCCAUGACCAGGAUGCAGUGAGGGGGGACGACCCCACUCUUUUCUCGCAUUGCGGUUUAACCCACGCUGAGAUGUCGCAGUAAUGGCGUCUGCCGUGGCCGAUAGGAGUCAAGGAAACCAGUCACUGGUCCUGAAAGGCGUCGACCCUGAAACAUGCAUGAUUGUGUUCAAGAACCACUGGGCUCAGGUGGUUAAGAUCCUGGAGAAACAUGACCCUUUACGCAGCGGUGGAGGUCACAGCCCUGGGGUCAGAGUUCACACGUUCAGAGGUCAUGGUCUCCGUCACAAGACAAUCCCACUGGACGAGGCGAGCGCGGUGCAGAACUACGUAGAGCACAUGCUGUUGCUCCUGAUGGAAGAAGAGAACGGAGUGGGCGGAGCCAUGGGUCCCAUCCUGGAGUUCGUCAUCAUGGAGAAUGUGAUGGAGCGACUGUUCGUGUGGAGCCUGCGGCGAGAUUUCACCGACCAAUCAAAGCUCGAGCAGCUCAAGAUGUACGAGAUGCUGAUUGGUCAGGCCAAGCAGCCACUGUUGCAUCACAAGCCGAUUCUGAAGCCGCUGAUGAUGCUGCUCUCGUCCUGCUCAGGAACAGCAACGGGUCAAAUGGCAGGUGUUCCAGCUUCCUCCAUGGUGGAGCAUGAGCUCGUCCUUCUCCUCCAUCAGCUGUGCUGUGUUGUGUCCAGUGAUCCCUCCAUCCUUGAGCUGUUCUUCCACUCCAGUGAGGAUCAGGGAGCUGCUAACUUCCUGCUCUUUUCCCUCCUUGUUCCCUUCAUCCACAGAGACGGAACGAUGGGACAGCAGGCACGAGACGCCCUGCUCCUAAUCAUGACCCUGAGCAAUGACAACCAGCGAGUGGCCACACACAUAGCACACAACACCUUCUUCUGUCCGGUGUUGGCUACAGGUCUGAGUGGUCUGUACUCAUCUCUGCCCAUGAGGCUGGAGGUGUCCAGUGAAGACUGGCACUGCAUCCAGAAGGACGAGUGGCAGCAGGAGCCUGCACUCGUUCACUUCCUAAACUCACUCGAGUUCUGUAAUGCUGUCAUGCAGGUGGCUCAUCCGUCCAUCAGAGAUCAGCUGGUUGGCUACAUCAUCAAUGGCUUUCUGAUUCCUGUUUUAGGACCUGCGCUGCAUAAACUGACUCUAGAGGAAGUAAUGACCACCACAGCGUAUCUGGAUCUGUUCCUAAGGGCCGUCACUGAACCUGCACUGCUACACACCUUCCUUACCUUCAUCCUCCUCCAUCGCCAUGACAACGUGCACAUCCUGGACACGCUCGUCAGCCGUAUCAACACGCCCUUCCAGUUGGGUACCGUGUCUCUUGCUCUCUUCCGCACUCUGAUUGGUCUGUACUGCGAGGACGUCAUGCUUCAGCUCAUAUUCAAGUAUCUGAUCCCGUGUAAUCACAUGAUGCUGAGUCAGCGAUGCAUCCUGAACGAGAGAGAUUUAUAUUCCGUUUCUGCAGCCAAAUUCCUCGCCCUCACUCCAUCCUGCUGCUCUCCAGACAUCGUCGCUCCACCAAUCCGACAGCUCGACUCCAUCACCUGGUCAAAGGUUACUGAUGAAAACCAAUCAGGAAGUAUGGAAACGGAGGUAUGUUCCUCGGAGCAGGAUGAUUCCAGUCACUCGUGUGUGAUUGGCUCAGAGGUUCACCUGGACGUCAGUUACCUGCAUUACCUGUAUGACGCACGUAACGGUAUCGGCAGCUGCAUGCGGGCGUGUCGCGUCUGGUCCGCUCCUUAUGACGGUGUGACCCCGCCUCCUGAGGACAAAUCUCGCUCUCGUGUGACCUCGCAAGCUCUUCCCGAUGUCACUUCCUCCUCCGGUGUUGAACUUGAGUGGGACGACAGCUAUGACGCCGGGUCUGCACGAGCGCAGCAGGAAGAAGAAGAAAACCGAGCUGUCGCUGCAGCCCCAAACGAACCACCGCAGCACAUCCAGGAACUCCGAAAGACGGCCACUCUGCUCAUCAACGGCUCCUACGUGGAAGAGUCUGAAUUUCAGAACGACGUCAUGGUGUAUGAUCUGGUGGCGCAGAAGGACGCCAGCGAGUCCACUGAUAGAAAGCGAAUCGUUUCCAGUCCCAUCACAGAUGAGGCAUGUGGAGAAAAAAAGGAAGAUUCUGAUGAAAAAUCAGAAAUCCAAAACGGUUCUAUGCAACCAAACACGGGGAAACAAAAUGGCGGCCAGAUCGAAGCAGAACAGAACUCGCACGACCAUCACGCAGACAAAGACGACAACUUGGCGACGGAGUACGAGGACUUGAUCCGCACUCUGGUUGUCGAAGCGAAAAGUCCGACAAGGACACAACAAGAGUUGAGAAGUUCCAUAAUGGAGGAAGAGGACGACGUGGACUUCAGCUCGUUUUCAGCUGAGCUGCCAGAAGCGGAGAAAUCUCCAUCGCCGUUUAGGACUAAACCUCACAGCGGGAGCGUGAAUCACGCCGUUCCUUUUACAGGCCCGUUUGUCAGCGUGCUGCUCUCUCGACUUGAGAACAUGCUGGAAAACUCUCUGCACGUCAACCUUCUGUUAACAGGAAUCAUCUCUCAGCUCGCUACUUAUCCACAGCCACUGCUGCGCUCCUUCCUGUUAAACACCAACAUGGUGUUCCAGCCCAGCGUUCGCUCACUGUACCAGGUCUUGGCCUCGGUGAAGAAUCAGAUCGAGCAGCUGGCAGCGAGGCAGAAGGACUUUCCUGAACAACUUCUAGCAGCGCAGCAGUGUCUCCUGGCCCGAGAGAGUUCGCUCAUAGUGCAAGAUUCGCAGAGUGCUGGAAAGAACGUGAAGAACCGAUCAAUCCAACCAAAGAUUGUGGUUCCUCUGAACAGGACGGAGGUUUACGCCACCAUCAUCUUUACCGAGUUUCUUAAAGAACUGGCUGCCAUCACACAGGAGCACUCCAUCCUCUCGUAUAUCCCCAUGGAGGAGUAGAGCUGAACUUAGAAAACACACACUCAGCAAUAUGAAGUCGGCAUCUCUUCAUCUCCUCUCCCAGGGCUCACCGUUUCUCCAAAUCUCCAGUCCUGAGUCCGACAGUUAGUUUCCUGAUAUUUCAAUCCAUAAAGACCUUUAGAAUCAUCAUCGACUCGUGUACUUGAGCUUGGUUUUAUUUCUUGAUUUGGACUUUUUUUCCACAUUAUUUAAAAUUACAGAUCUUCAUUUCAUCAAACCCCCCGACUCCUAAACGAGAAACAUCUCCUCCAUCUUCUUUCACCUCUGAAAGAUCAAUUGAAGAGUCGAGCUGCAGUUAUUCAUCAUUUCAAGUCAUUUUUAAAAAAAUUUAUUUGAAAACGUCCAUCUCUAGAGACUUGCGAGACAAAAACGCCACUUCAGUCAUGGAUUCGUUUCCCUUUGGAGAAGCAGAACUGCGUGUUUUCUUCAUCAACCCGCUAUCUUGACAUGUCGAACUCCACUAGAUGCAGAACUGUACCUCGUAAAUCUGUCUCUGGGGAACGCUGAAACUCUGAGGAGGAAAUCGAUGCCUAUUAAAUCAUCUAUCGUCUUCCAGUGAAGGAGUAGAGCUCCAUGUUUUGUUUUACUCUUCACUUUAUGAGUUCUCAAAAAAAAAAAGAUUGGAUGGAUAUACCUCAUAAUUAAUAAUUUAAAUCAUGGAUUUAUGUCCUGGAUCAUCUCCAGAAAAGCAUUUUAGAUGCUUGUCUUAAGGUUUCGAUGCUCCUCAGUGACACACACAUCUUUCCGGCUUUAAAGAAUUCAUCUGUUUUGACGAUUUUUCCCAGAACUCUUAGCGAUGUACAGGAAUGUUGUAUUUUCUGUGGUGUUUCGUGUUGUAGUGUUGCCUCAACAGGAUGGAAAAAUAACUGCGCAAUAAGACUAUAACAAUGAUUAGAUGCACAACGAUGGCUGUGAUCACACUUUAUAAUCCAUGCCCACCGAAUAUCCUUCAGCCAAUCAGAAGAUCAGGUCCAAGUUCUGUAAAGUUUGUCACGUCCGUGCCUUGUGUAGACGUUAUCCAAUCGAGGGAUGUACGAAUAUGUCCAGUAUAUGUAUAUUUAAUAACGGCAACAAUAUGAAUCUUAGUUUUUAUUUUAGGAAAGAAUAAAAAUUAGUGUUUUGUAUUUAUGUAUCAAAUUCAGUAGGCGAGAGGACUUAAAUGCUUUUGUAGAUACAUUGCCAUAUUUUUUCCAUGUGUCUUUUAUCUGCGCAAAUAAUUUAAUAAUGAUACGAUCAUAAUAUUUUAUCAGAUUUUUUUUAAACAAAUGCUCCCAUAUUUUACAAUGCAAUAUUUUUUUUUAAAUGACUGUUAUAUUUAAGUUAUUUUAGUCAGUAAAACAGUGCAAUUUGGUGUAAAUAAACAAAAAUAAGAAGUCAGAACAUAUAUAUUUAAUCAAGGAAUAAUUUUAAAGUAAAAUACAACUAAGACACGUCACCAUUAAAAAAAAAAAUCUUUAAAAUAUCGUGAUGUAUCGUAUAUCUGUUCAUCAGGACAUGUUUAGUGUCGGUGCAGAAACUGAUACGAAUUAAUAAUGAUAUUUUAUCUCUGAUAGAAGUGCGGAAAUGUAAUAUUUAGUAGUCAGCGUCAUAAACUUUUUUUUUUUUUCCUCAUUACUUUUAUUUAAUAUUCUGAGAUUGCACUUGGAUGAUAUCCUGGACGACAAAGACUGUAGGAUCGUGAAAUGCUAAUCAGUAAUGGAAACAUGCGGUUGGUUAGCGUGAAACACACGCGGUCAUGCUAACCUCAUGAUUUAGAAUUAUUUAGGGAACUGAAUUUGGCGCUGCUUGUGUCGCUAUGCAAGAUUACUUGUGCUAACUGACCUCUGUUGUGAGCUAAUCGACCUCUGUUGUGAGCUAAUCACAUGGUCGGCUACAAUUACACAAAUGUCGUCAUGCUCACAACAGGAAAAAAAGCUGAUCAUGCUAGCUGUUGGAGGAGGUUUGUGUUAACGUUCUCAGCACUUGUACAUCAAUACACUCCUUUCUUCAUUGCAUGAUGAUUAGCAUUUGAUUGGAUGAGCGUUCUUCUGUUUUAUGCUAGCAAACGAGGAGUGCUCCAGUCAUCAGAAGGAAACUAAUUACACAAAAUGCUAGUACAUGUGUAAUGCUAACCAAUCUCAGAUACAUACCAUUUAUGAUUAGCAUUUAGACUUGUACGACAUGCAAAUGAAUGAAUGAAGUUUAAUAGGACUUAGUUAGCUAGUUAGUCAGGAUUAUACAGUACUAACUACUGAGUAUGAGCUUAUUUAUGAUUGCACAUUUCUGGAUGACUUGUGCCUUUAAUACUGACUUUCUAUUUCUUGCUUUCUGUAAUUUUCAGUAUCACAGAGGUCUAGUUUUAUUCCAAAGAUAUUUAUAUGGGAUUUAGAAAUAGCAGGGGUAUUUUUUAAAAGGCGGUUCUGCAGAAAUAAAUUAUUUUCCCUGAAUGAUCCUCACGUGAAUGUGUUUGAGUGGCGUGAUCUGGGUGAAAGGUGUGUGUGUGUGAGAGAGAGAAACAUGAAACCUGUAACUCUGAAUAAAUGUCUCAUGCUUGUACAUGUUUCUCUUGCGUGUAAUAAGUCGAAUUCUAUUUAUUCUAUAAUGUCAAAUUUUAUGAUUUGUUAAACUACUUUUUCAAUUAUUUGUUUUUACAAUAUUUCUUUAAGCCUAAUCGCUAGGUUAGAUUUGAUCUUUGACUUCCAGUGAAGGAUAAUAAAUGUGCUCAAAGGUUGGCUUGUGUUUUGUAUGUAUUAUGACUGAUUGAUUAAAUGGUUCAUGUAGCUCCAAAAA